AUGGAGACCCUACUCGCAGUCAACAGUAUCGAUUCCGGCGUUUCCGUUGGGCCCAGCCAGCUUGGUGGGCUUGGACUAUUUGUAGACAAGGACACAGAUGGCGAGAUUCUCAGAAUUGGCCGUCAACACAUCUACAGCAUCUACACCUGUCUAGAGCUCAGUCAAAAGCUGGAGAACCAGACUCAAGCCCCGGUGAUCAGGUCGCUUCUGGGCUUCUAUUGCAACGGCCCGCCUAAUGAGACCAGAAUACUGAUUUGCUACAUGGUUGGCUUUGAGGUUCUUCGCCGGUUGGGCAAGCUGGAGGGAUUCAAGGAGCUCCAAAAGUACUUGGAUAUUUUAUUGAGCACAGAAAUCGAUAAUUUAUGGCAGGACGAGGAGCCUCUUUUGGAGAGUUAUUAUGAGUUGGAGCCGGGAAACUCUCUCGUGAACGCCACGUUGCUGGAGAAACAAAGCGACGAGGUUGAAGAACUGUCGAAGUAUAUUUUCGAGACGUGGAGAGUGACUUUACAAGAGCAUGAGAUCCGGCAGCUCGUAGCUGCGAUCCGUUCACGGACGCUGGAAGUCCCCAGAAAAAUCAGUGACGACGAGUUCUCGGUCGAUAUCACGCUGGUUCCGCUUCUGGACUUUGCCAACCACGACAACUCCAAACAGAAUGCCUAUUUUGAUCUCGAUCCAGAAACAGACGAGGUCGUCCUACUUGCCAAACGACCGCUCUCUGGUGGCUCUGAGAUACUCAUCAGCUACACUCCAGUUGAAGAGAUGACACAGAUGUUCGUCACGUACGGAUUCUAUCCUCGCUCGGACGGUUUGAAGGUGGUGGAUGUGCCUUUCUGGGGUUACUACCAUUUCGACCAGUCUGAGGAGCUGGCCCAAUACGUUUUCCAGCAGCGGCAGCCGACGAACCUGCAGUUUGUGCUGGAGUAUGCGGACGGUCAGCUGGUGGAUCUGUUCCUCAAUAUGGCGUCGAAUUACAGUUUUGCAGGGCUCAUUGGCACGGAUGACGUGCCGACUGUGAUGGAAAAUGCAUCCGAGGAGCAGAUCGACGCGGCGUUAAGUGCGUUGUUGCGAGUGGUAGAGUCGUUCUUCAAGGAGCGGGUCGAGCACCUCGAGAAGUUUGCGAAAUUCUGCGACGACUACGAGGCAGAAAAUGGCACUAAAAAUAUCAGGCAGCUGGUGCAAUUCCAGCUGGAACUGUACAACAAAUAUCUGGACAAGAUGCAGCAACUUGUGCCUCAAGCGGGCUCAGAUUCAUUAUAUGACCUGAUUAUGAUCGAUGGAGACGAGUGGGUCGAGUAUCGUCUACCGCCAGUGUACAAUUUUGUCACUAGGAAGCUGGCACGGCAUUAA